GUCGCCUCGUAGCUUCGCUUGCAGUCGCUGCUGCAACGGAUGGACUCGUACGGUGGGGAGAGACAUCAACCAGGGACUGUUUUACUGUGCUGUUAGCUUGUUGUCGGAUGUAACGUGAAUUGUCAACCCGAAGACAUUUCAUCUGGGUGACGAAACACAAUUUUCGGUUCUUUUUUGUUUUAAAGAAGUCGAUUCGCUUCCUUUUUUCUCCCCCCAACACACACACACAGAUCGAUUGCCCGUCGUAUGAAAAAGGGCGUGUGUUCGGGGUGAGGAGUAGUUUGUUGAAGAUUUCAUGUGGAUAUAUAUGGUGUGUUAGAUUUUUUUCACACCACCUGGGUCUGAAGGACGUAGUGUAGGAUGGGGUGCACGUUGAGUACCGAAGACAAGGCGGCGGUGGAGCGCAGUAAAAUGAUCGACAGGAAUCUGCGGGACGACGGGGAGAAGGCGGCCAGGGAGGUCAAGCUGCUGCUGCUCGGUGCUGGGGAAUCAGGGAAAAGCACAAUUGUCAAGCAGAUGAAAAUCAUCCACGAAGCCGGCUACUCAGAAGAGGAGUGUAAGCAGUACAAGGCCGUGGUCUACAGCAACACCAUCCAGUCCAUCAUCGCCAUCAUCAGAGCCAUGGGGCGCCUCAAGAUCGACUUUGGUGAAGCCGCACGAGCCGACGAUGCACGGCAGCUGUUCAUCCUCGCCGGGUCUGCUGAAGAAGGCUUCAUGACGGCCGAGCUCGCCGGCGUCAUCAAGCGGCUCUGGGUGGAUCGAGGAGUUCAGGCCUGCUUCAGCCGCUCGCGCGAAUAUCAACUCAACGACUCGGCAGCAUACUACUUGAACGAUUUGGACAGGAUAUCCCAGCCCACUUACAUCCCGACCCAGCAGGAUGUCCUGAGGACCCGAGUCAAAACCACGGGCAUCGUAGAGACGCACUUUACCUUCAAAGACCUCCACUUCAAAAUGUUUGAUGUCGGAGGUCAGCGAUCAGAGAGGAAGAAGUGGAUCCACUGCUUUGAGGGUGUCACAGCCAUCAUCUUCUGCGUGGCCAUGAGCGAUUAUGACCUGGUUCUGGCCGAGGACGAGGAGAUGAACCGAAUGCAUGAGAGUAUGAAGCUGUUUGAUAGCAUCUGCAACAACAAGUGGUUCACAGACACUUCCAUCAUCCUCUUCCUCAACAAAAAAGACCUUUUCGAGGAGAAAAUCAAGAAGAGCCCACUCACGAUCUGCUACCCCGAAUACGCAGGCUCCAACACGUACGAGGAGGCAGCUGCCUACAUCCAGUGUCAGUUUGAAGAUCUGAACAAGAGGAAGGACACCAAGGAGAUUUACACCCACUUCACCUGCGCCACAGACACCAAGAAUGUGCAGUUUGUCUUCGACGCAGUCACCGACGUCAUCAUCAAGAACAACCUGAAAGACUGUGGUCUUUUCUGAGCAUAAUGACAACGAAGAUGAACUGCUUUUGGCGGUGGAGCCAGCUCAUUGUGCAUCUUUUAUAGAGAGGAUGAGAAGAGGAUCAAUGAUGGACCAGUGCUGUACUAUACGCCCCUUUUAACAGCUUUAUUUAUGUUUCUGUCUCCGAACAUUAUGGGUUAGCGUUAUUACAUUUGUGUAGGCUGUUUGUAUCAAUGUAAAAGCAUCACCAUACUUUUUUAAUUCGUUUUUUUUUUUUUUUUAUUAUUCUUUGUUUUUCAUUUCUGAGGAGUAGGAGAUUACAAAGUUUUUCGCUGUUUCUUCUUGCCGCCAUUUUUGGAAACGGAAACCUUGCUGUUGGUUGGAAAAGCUCCUUUUUGCUCCUUUUCCGAAAACACAAAAAAGGGACGAAGAAAAGCGGAACAAUUCCAAGUCCAGUUUGUUGGUACCUGUGCCUUCGCAUGCCUUUUACUGCGGUCGUAGUCUCGAUGCUUGUUCUGUUGCCUGCUGAAGUUGUUCUAAACAUAAAAACGUAAACUGUUUUCAUACAUUAGUGUCUCUACUAUCUUCUUUGUGCACAUCACUGAGCUGUCAUGAGGAGGAAAAUCUCUAUAGGUUCAUGGCGAUCAACAUGUAGCCUCCACAGUCCCCUAGCCCACCUCCCCAAUCCCCCUUCAUUCCACAUGCCAUGACAUUGGAGGACCUUUCUGGCCAAUCACAGAGUUCAAUACUGAGAUGUAUAUUGUUACAUUUAGCCCACAAAUCUGGGGCUCUUGUUUUUAAACUGUACAAAGAUACCACAUAUUCCCAAUCGUUCACAAAGCGGUUAGUCAAGGCACUGAGCGUUUAAUGUAAUCAAGUAUUUUAAGUAUGGAGACCAGAUUUGGCACAUUUUACUGUAUAUUUUAACAUAUUUGGAAGAGAUGUGAGAUUUUGGUGUUGGAUAUAAAAGCAGAAUCGCGGGAUGGAUUGUUGUAAAGUUGAGGGUGAAACGAUGUAAGCUGAUCUGUUUAAAAAGUAAGCUUUUCCUGUACUUGAUGAGAAGUACAACGGUCAGGGUGUUUCUGGUCUGCAGGUCGGUCUGACCGCAGUCCGAAGAAGACACGACACACACGCAUACAGGCCUGGAUCUUUUCAUGUAAAGAAACUGCCGCAACUGUCGGUGUAUGUGUAUGUUCUCCAUGUAAAGAGAAUCUUUGUAGACUCAUCUCCCUUAUUUUGCUAAUAAAAACCAUUUACAAACCUUUAA